AUGAAUCAAAAGAGCCGAGUUCUUUGCAUAUUACUACUUUUAACAUUUUUCUUAACUAUUAACGCUAAACUGAAGCGAAUCAUCAGAAGUGGACGACGGAUCCACCGACAUGUGCCACAGUAUCCUCGACGGCAGGAGCGCACUCGAUUGGAUUGUCGUGCUCACGAGAAUUACGUGAGAUGUGGUCCCGAACCACAUUGUGAGAUGUCAUGUGACAAUUUAUACAGCCCGCCACAUUGUUAUCAUGCGAAAAACCAUCCAAAGUGCUAUUAUCCGAGAUGUAUCUGCAGUAAAGGUUUCAUACGCAAUCGAAUAGGCUUUUGUGUACGUGAAUGGAAAUGUCCCCAAAGGUUAUUUAAUUAUAUUUCUCAAAAUCCGAAUUUUGAGCUUUUUUUUCAGAUAUUUUGA